GGUGAAACGAACUAGCAGAGUAGCAGGAAAGACGAAAGAGGAUGGCAGCGAAAGAAGCAAAAAAAGCAUUAUACGACUCUCUGAAGCAGAAUCACUUGUAGAUAGUAUGCCUAUGAAGCCAGACACUGUGAUCUUGGAUUCUCUCCUUGCUGCUUGUAGAAAUAACAAGAACACAAAUCUUGGCCAGAAAAUUGCAGAGAGGCUAUUUCGGAUGGGUACGAAAAAAUCCGGAGCAUAUGUGUUGCUAUCAAACAUAUAUGCUUCCCAAGGCAUGUGGGAGGAAGUCGGUAACAUACGAAGCACAAUGCUGAAACGGGGAGUGAAUAAAGAGCUAGGUUUUAUCAAAGGAAAACUGCAUUCUUUCCUUGCAGGCAAUAAGAGGAUGAUGGAAGAACAGUUCACAGAAGAUUGUUUGAAAUACGUGCUGAGUAGUAUGUUUGAAAUAAGUGGGUGUUCUUGAGGUGUGGAAGCUCAUUUCUUCCAACCAUUGAUGUUAAGGGAUAUUGGCUUUUCCUACUGGGUAGGCACUUGAUGUUCUGAUGCAAGUGUGUCCAAGUUUGAAUGUGCAGCUCUGGACAGUGAUGACUUGCUUUAUCUCAAGGAGCAGAUGGAAGCUGAGUAGGAUGCAGAACGCCUCUUGAGGCUCAUUGAAAAAACGUGCCUUUGCAGCAUUCAAGAUAUCCUUUCCCUCCUCUGUCCGCUGGUUUAUUUUUUUUUGUAGAGAAUGAAAUGAAUUAUCUCUAUCAUGCCGCGUGAAAUGAUAACAAAGGGAAAAUCUUACAUCAACAAAGGAUGUGACCAAAUUGAUUAUCGUAAACAAAUUGAGUGCAUAUCAUGUUGCUUUGCUCUUGUCUUACCUAUCGUGUUAAAGUUUAUAUGGUUUUUAUCAUCUCCUACUCAACCUCUUCCCUUCCAGGUCAUCUUGUAGAUUUGUAGACUAUAGACAAACGUUCACUCCCACGUAGGUAAAUUCACCCACUCCAUUUUUUCCCUGUGGAGUUGAAUGUUGCUUGAUUGCUUCUAAUCGGAAAAGGUGGGCUUAUAGAUGAUUUCUUCAUACUAAGAAGCUGUUCUGUUCGUCUUAAUCUUAUUACUUAUUGCUUAUUCUUAUUUUAUUCAGACCAGAUCAGAAAAAUUCAGAUCAGAUCAGAUCAGGAACAUUCAGAUCGCUUAUCUUUUGGCCUUCUCGGUGCCCCAAAUUUAUAAAAUAAAUAUUAGGCAUGGUCCGUGGAUGGGUAGCUAGAGUUUCAAUGGAUUCUAUAUUACUCAUUUUUCUUCUCAUUACACUUACAUUUUAUCUGCCCACCAGUUAUUUUUAUAGCUAUAUUACAUUAUUACUACAUGGUGUGGAAGCACAUGGCGAUAUUAAAGGGUCAACUGCCCGCGCUUCGGUCCACCCCAAAUUUGAAAAUUGUCUGAAUUUAUAGUGUAAAAAUUUAUUUGUAUAAAUUUAUCUAAAAAAAAUUGUUUAUAUCGACCCUUGCCAACCUUCACUCCUAGCCAUUGAGCCAAGUCCAAUCACUCUUCAACUAAGUUAAUUAGGCAUGGAGCCGGGCCGGGUUGGGCCCGGUCGGGCCUUUUGUGAUUGGGGGAAGGCCCGGGACCGGCCCGGGUUGCCAGCGGGUCCGAGUCGGGCCGGGCCGGGCCUCGAGCCAGUUUUUUUUUUUUUUUUUUUGCCUUUUCUAAUUAACCCCCGACCCCCCUCACCCC